UGUUGCCCUAUAAGAGGCAAGUCCGCCUUCUCUCCAUCGCUGGCCCGCCGCUGAACCACCUACACCACUGCCUCAGCGUUCGCAAGGUGUUGGUUCCAAUGGGAUUAACUGGUUUAAGGCCUGAUUCCGAAGAGAAAGAAUCCAAAAGCUUCAAGCGCAAAAUUGAAAAGAAACUUAAGUUUUAUGCAAAAGUUAGAGAUGCUGUAGUUGCUUUAGGUGCUAAAAAGGCAAUCAGCAAGAAAAAGAGAUUACGUAGCAGGCAGAAGAAGUUGAAGGCAUAUGACCUGUCAGCCCUUUCUGAGUUUCUUCCAGAUUUGAAUGCCCCCAAGCAGCCUUCCAGAGAAACCGACUUAAAGAUUAACUGCAAGACUAGGCAGAAACUAGUGCAAAGGGAAGGUGCACAGUUGAAAGCUGUCCUGAAUGAUCCUACAUUUCAGAUUGAUCCACUCACUGCAAUUCAUCAACAUUUACAGAGAACUCAGCCUCCUGCAGCCAGUGACCAAGAAAAAGGUUCAGGGAAAACCAAGAAGCCCAAGAAAAAGGGAGCAAAAAAGUCACUGUCAGGCCCUCAGUCUAUGGAUAUUUGACUGUGCAGUUGUCUUGGUACCUACUGACAUCCAUCACCAUCGUCAAGCUCACCUUUUUAACCAGUGUUGACGUUCUUACACAGUUUUGCAACUUCUGAAAUUGCUUUGUUUUUGUGGAAGCUAUACAUCACUGAAUGACGACUAUGGGGACGAUGGUUAUGAAAGUUGUAAAAUAGGUUCGAAGCACUGAGCGUUUUGUCUGCUCUAGCAGCAUCUAUGAGCUCGUAUUUCAUGAAUAAAUUAUGUUUUGAAUCAUCUUUUCUUUGGUGGAAUAGAAGCAAGUGAUGCUUGAUCUGAUCCUUAUGCACUGUCGUCCUAUGCGGUCUUAUUCACUAAUAGUUUAAUUUUUUUCUCUGUACCUAGGCUGCAGCUUGACAUUGGGGUAACAUUUUCAGCUAUUUCUUUUCUUUUA